UUUCACCGACACAUUUGCUCAAAUCCAAGCUCUUCAAGUAAAAAGACUCAUAUUCGGCUUAGCGAAUCCAAAGAGAGAAGCAAACACUGAAACAAUUAUCUUUGGCUUCCAUGACCAACCGAGGAGCCUCUUCUUCUUCUGCUCGUUUCACCAAGUCAAGGAAAUACCAUGUCUUUCUGAGCUUCAGAGGUUUAGACACUCGCUCAAAUUUCACAAGCCAUUUGUAUAGCAAUUUGCGUCUACAAGGAAUUAAGACCUUCAUGGAUGAUGAUGAGCUCAGAAGAGGAGAAGAAAUAUCAAACGCGCUUCUCACAGCAAUUGAAGACUCAAAGAUUUCUGUGGUUGUGUUCUCCAAAAACUAUGCCUCCUCAAAGUGGUGCUUGGAUGAGCUUGUUAAGAUACUUGAUUGCAAAGAAUCAAAUCAACAAUUGGUCAUCCCAGUUUUUUACAAGGUGAAUCCAUCAAAUGUACGGAAUCAUAGAGGAAGCUUCGGGGAUGCACUGGCUAACAUGGACUGCAAUAAUGUAGAGAAGCUCAACAGAUGGAAGGAAGCACUUUCACAAGCAGGAAAAUUGGCGGGGUUCACUCUGUCCGAUGAACAUAGAUCUGAAGCUGAACUGAUUCAUAAUAUCGUUCAACACAUUUCACGAGAAGUAAUAGACCGUACAUAUUUGUAUGUGACAGAGUAUCCAGUUGGAAUGCACCAUUCUGUAGAAUAUAUAAUUGAGCUUUUGAAUUUGAGGGAAAACGAUGUUCGUAUGGUAGGUGUAUGGGGAACUGGUGGAAUUGGUAAGACCACAAUUGCUACAGCUGUUUAUAAUUCAAUUGCCCACGAAUUUGAAGGCUGUUCUUUUUUGGCAAACGUCAGAGAUUCUAAGGGAUACAAAUUACAGAGGACUCUUCUUUCUGAGAUUCUAGGGGAUACAAAUUUGAAGGUGGCCAACGUUCAUAAAGGGGCCACGAUGAUAAAGCAAAGGUUGAGUUGUAGAAAGGUUCUCUUGGUUCUUGAUGACGUGGAUGACAUGGACCAGUUACACAAGUUAGUUGGGGCAUGUGAUUGGUUUGGUGUAGGCAGUAGAAUUAUCAUAACAACAAGGGAUAAGCAACUGUUAACUGCUCAUCGUGUUAAUUUAAUACAUGAGGUCGAGAUUUUAAAUGAUCCUGAAGCACUUGAGCUCUUCUGUUGGCAUGCCUUCAAAAGAAGUGGGCCUCCUUUGGAUGAUUAUGUGAAACUUGCAGAACGUGCAAUACGCUAUGCUCAAGGCCUUCCUUUGGCUUUGGAAGUUCUCGGUUGUUGUCUAUGUGGUGGAAGUAUAGAUAAAUGGGAAGCUGCAUUGGAUGGUUUCCAAGGCACGGAAAUUCAAGAAGUUCUCAAAAUAAGUUACAAUGCCUUGGAUGAUAGAGUAAAGAAGGUUUUCCUUGACAUUGCAUGUUUCUUUAAGGGUGAAAAUAGAAAGUAUGUGAAAGACGCUUGUGGCCUCGACGCUAGAUAUGGCAUUUAUGUACUCAUAGAAAAGGCCCUCGUAAGUGUUGAAGGAAGUUAUAUUCAGAUGCAUGACUUACUAGAAAAGAUGGGUAAGGACAUAAUUGAGCAGGAGUCGCCCACUGAAGCCGGAGGACGUAGCAGAUUGUGGUUUCAUGAAGAUGUCAAGCAUGUUCUGACGAAUAAUACAGGAACAAAUAAAAUCACAGGUAUCAUGUUAAAUUUCCCCAAACAAGAUGAUGAGAUAUUCUUGGAUGUUGGCAAAAGCUUCUCGAAGAUGAAAAAUCUUAAAAUUCUCAUAAACCACAAUGUAUGCCUUUCUGGAGAUACUAGUUCUAUCCCAAAGAAUUUGAGAGUUCUUGAUUGGCAUGGAUUUCCGUUCCAAUUUUUUCCACCCAAUUUUGUUCCAAAUGGACUAGUUGUGCUCAGUCUGCCUUACAGCCGCAUCAAACAACUAGGGGAGGGAUUGAAGCAUAUGGAAAAUUUGACAUCUCUGAAUUUCGAGGGAUCUAAAUUCCUAACUGAAAUCCCCGACCUAUCCAGCAGCCAAAAUCUAAGGUACUUGAAUGCGAGUCGUUGUACAAGUUUAGUCGAGGUUCAUCCAUCUGUUCGAGAUCUUUAUAAACUUGAAGAAUUGGACUUUCGUUACUGCUAUGAACUCACGAAGUUUCCAAAUGAAGUUGGGUUGAAAUCUCUGAAAUUAUUUUAUCUUUACGGUUGCAUAAAGUUGGAGAGUUUCCCAGAAAUUGUCGACAAAAUGGAAUCCUUAAUUGUAUUGAACCUUGGGAGAACUGCUAUAAAAGAGUUGCCUUCAUCAAUUGGAAAUCUCACUGGGCUUGAACAAUUAUAUUUACCAGGAUGUGAAAACCUUGCAAAUCUGCCACAAAGUAUUUAUGGGUUGCAAAAUCUAGAUUCGAUUGUUCUCGAUCGAUGCCCAAAACUUGUCACACUUCCAAAUAACUUGAUCUCUGAAGGUUUAUCGAGUGCAGAAUCACUUCCUUUGGAGGUUCGAACCAACGCAAACAGUCCACGCGAUGGCGACUUCUUGGAGAUGUAUUUUGAAGAGUGCAAUGUAUCAAAUAUUGAUUCCUUGGAGAAUUUUUGUUUCUGGUCCAACUUAAUGACACUUGAUCUAUCCGAAAGCAAUUUUGUCAGUCUUCCUAUGUGCAUUAGCAAAUGUGUCAACUUGCUGGAGCUUGAUUUGAGGGGUUGCAAGAGGCUUGUAGAAAUUCUAGUACAACUUCCAGCAUCUAUAGCAACGAUCGAUAUGGCUGAUUGCAUAUCACUGGAAAGAUUUUCAACAUUGUCAAAGAUAUUGGAAGACGAAGACACGCAAUGCAUUAGUUACAUGGACUUGUCUAAUUGCCAUAGACUAUGCGAUAACCUAGGGUUGGAUCUUUCAAAGAUGGCAAAAAUUUUAUUGAAUCAGGUGACAGACAUGAUGAUGAGUGAGGGGAUUAUCGUUACACUACCUCACAGUGGCAGUGAAGUUCCAGAGUGGUUCACUUUUGGUAAUGACUUUGAUGACUAUGAUGAAAGUAAAUUUGAUUAUGAACUUCCUAUUAAAAUUCCUUGGACUUCCGUAUUGGAGACCACAAAAUUGGUUUUGUUUGCAGUUUGGGAAAUUACGGAAUCAUUUGUUAGCCCUUGUUAUCUUGAAUUUAAUUUGGAUGGUUAUCAAGAUCCGAAGGAUUCGUUAAGCAUAGAGACAGGGGAAGGUAAUGUGUGGCUGAAAUGUAUUCCAAUUUCUUACUAUGAUCAAAUAUCAAAGACGCCUAUUUUUCGAGUUAGAGUUAUCGGCAAAGGGUUGCACAUCAAAAGCAUUGGGGCCCACCUGGCUCCUAUGUCAAAGGGUGGUGAUGAUGAUGGCAAACAUAUUGAUGAAAAUGAAUUAGAUGAUGAUGAUGAUGUAGGUGAUGAAGUUAGACCCAGAAAGAGAACAAAGAUAUGACCUCUGUCUGCAUUUCAAUAUUAUUAAGUGAGUCAUCUUCCUCUGGGAAGAGAUUAUAAGCUGGGUGCCCCAAGUGUUCGUUUUUGUAUCUUUAGCAUCUCCUUAUUUUCAGAUAUUUCAAUUUUUGAAUGCCUCUUGGUAAGACUAUUUUGAUGCCAUAAUAAUGACCUUGUGUUGUAUUAUUAGUCCUAAUAUGAACCCCGUGAUGUCUUUAUAUAUUUAUUGUUUUUCUAUCUUCUUAUGUAACAACGUCAGUAUGUGCAAAAGAAUGUAAAAAUCAUAAAUCUAUAUCGAUGACAGCUGGUAGUUGGAUGCCACACGUAAGUAAUCAAGGCAUCAGUCUUAUUAACUAUGCGUGAAUUAU